ACUUGAAUGUACACACAAAAAGAUGACUUGCAUAAAGUUCUGUAUGAAAAAAUCAUUUGUGUUAAAAUGGUCAAACACGGCGCCGUUUUAAUUUAGUUCCCUUCCUACUGCUGUGAGUUCCCUGAAAAUCAUCCAAUGGGCGGCAUACUGUCGGUGAGUAUCCUUCCCCACUUAGACCGGCCAUGAAUAAUCCUUCUCCUCCUGCAAGUCAACGGUGGGCGUUCCUUUAUAUUCGACUUCCCAUUUGCUUCAUCAAGCGUCCAAACGGAAGCCAUGGCUCCUGGGUUCGCUGCCAUGGAGCUCUUCUUCCACUUCCUGAUCCUCUUCUGCCUCGCCGCUGCCGCUGCAUCUCCGCCAAAGGCUCUCGUCCUUCCGGUCACCAAGGACGCCAGCACUCGACUCUACGUCACCACACUCCAACACAAGACGCCUCUCCUCCCCGACAAAUUCGUCGUUGACAUUGGAUCCGCCUACCUUUGGGUCUACUGCGACGAAGGGUAUCGGUCCACCACCUACCGCUCCGCCCCCUGCCGCUCCUCCACCUGCACCUUCGCCCGAGCCCGAGACUGCAACCUGGUCUGUAUGGAACCGCAGCCCAGACCGGGCUGCACCAACAACACCUGCACCGGUAUGGUCGGUAACACCGUCGCCGCCCUCGAACAUAUGUUCACGUACGGCUUGCUCGCCGACGACGUACUCGCCCUCCGAUCUACCGAUGGCCGGAGAGUCGGUCCUCUGGUCACGGUACCGCAUUUCCUCUUCAUAUGCGGUCCCCUUAUCCUUCUACAGGGCCUGCCGUCGGGAAGCGCCGGGAUGUUCGGGUUGGGCCAAUGGGAGGUCAGUCCCCCGAAGCAAUUGGCUAGUCGGUUCGGACUCAAGAAGAAAUUCGCCAUCUGUCUGUCGCCGUCGACGACGUCUCCCGGCGCCAUCUUCUUCGGCGACGGCCCCUACGUGCUGCUCCCCGGCGCCGACGUGUCAAAGCCGCUUGCCUACACCAAGCUCCUGAACAACCCGGUUGCCAUUUCCCAUGGCUCCUACUCGACGAUUGAGCCGACCAUCGAGUACUUCGUGAAGCUGACCUCCAUCAUGGUGAACGGCAAGGCGGUUCCCGUGAACGCCACGCUUCUGGAGCUGCGGAAUGGCAAUGGGGGAACGAAGAUCAGCACGGUGGACACGCACACUUGGCUCGAGAGCUCGAUCUACGCGGCGCUGGAGGCGGCGUUCUUGAAGGAGGCGACGGCCAUGGGCAUCGCGAGGGUGGCAUCGCCCGCAAACUGGCCGCCCUUCCGAGCGUGCUUCAGCAGUAAGAACGUGACGAGCACGAGGCUUGGGUGGGCGGUGCCGGAGAUCGAGCUGCAGUUUCAGGGGGCAAGCUUCGGGUGGAAGAUCUAUGGCUCUAAUUCCAUGGUGGACAUGGGCAAUGGAGUUAUGUGCUUGGGGUUCCUGGAUGCGGCCGGGACGGCCAACACGGCGUCGGUCGUGAUCGGAGGAUACCAACUGGAGAACCAUCUGCUGGAGUUCGAUCUCGAGCAGUCCACGAUGGGUUUCGGCUCCACACUCUUGCUCAGGCAGACAACCUGUGCCAACUUCAAUUUCUCUUCUGCUUAGUUGGAUAUUGGAAUCAAUUAGUCCAAAAGAAGUGUAUCGGUGUGCUUCGAUCAUGGAAAAUAAAUCAAAAGAAGGUUGUCUGUUUUGGCAACCUCAUAUCUGAUAUCCAAAGCUACCUCAUAUCAGCGGAGGUCUUCAUCGAUGUGUAGGCCAACCCUUCUUCCUCGGACUACAGAUCCAUAGUUUUCAUAAUAUAUUGUAAAUAUCAAAUCUAGAGUUGUAAAAUCCAAGGUGAAUUCACCUGACGCAGAUUUGGUAUCAGCCUCGAUCUCAGAGCAGAAAGAAAUGAGGCUCUUCAUGGAUAUAAUACCAAGUAUAUUAGUAA